UUUCUUAAUGUUAGUUUUUGUAAAAGCUUAAGACGUCCUAAAAUGUCUAUUGGAUGAAAAGGUUAGAAUACUUCAAAAUUAAGGGAAAAAAAUCAUGGCCGUUUUCAAAGUUGAUUAAGUUUUCAUCAACAGUUUCGUAGUUUACUUCAUUAAGACAACAACAAAAAAACCUCUGCAUUUUUUCGUUUACGGAAUUCUCAACUUAGUCAGUCUUGUAAAUAGUUAUUUUAACCGAUAGCUAAUAUCAUGAUUUUGAACAUCAUUUUCAAGUUGUAUUUCUAAUUUUGUCAUUAGCACUGAUAUUGGGCAAUUCAUACUCGCCAAGUGUUGGAGUUGAGAUUAAUAUAAGGUUUCCGCUUUCAUAAAGAUGUUUCGUGCGGGAAGUUUGUUCAGGCGACUGAGUUCCUGGCCUGCCUCUAUAAAUAUUGCACGUCAAUACAAGGCUAACAAACCGCGCUGCAUUUGUACAAGAAGCUUACGACACAAAAGCCUUGCUUAUACAGCUUUGACCAACAACUUCGCGAUUGUGAGCAAAGCCCUCCCAGUUUUUACGCUUCGCCAAAUAUUUUUGUCAUAAAGCACAGCUGUUUGCUUGACGUGACACUGGUCGUGUAAAAAGUUUAGAAUCACCAAAUUAACACUUGAGAAAGUUGUGAGCUUCAUUUGUUCUAGAGCUUUGUCUAGUUCACACUUGGAGACAAUGAGAGCGAGAGAAAUCUUUCGUCUUUUCAUUGGCGCAAGCUUGGUUACCUUGAUACUCGGUCAUGGCAUGCUGAUAGAUCCCGCCAGCAGAAACUCCGCAUGGAGAUUUUUUCCCAAUCGUCCAGCGCAGUACACAGAUAACGAGUUGAAUUGCGGAGGCUUUAGCGUCCAGUGGAGUAAGAACAAAGGCAAAUGUGGCGUUUGUGGAGAUGCGUAUCAUCUUAAAAACCCGAGGUAUGUCUACCCUGGCAGGUACGCGAAGGACCGUUUCGUAACCAAGACAUACAAAGAAGGACAACAGAUCGAGGUCAGCGUUAAGAUCACUUCAAAUCAUCAAGGGUUCUUUCGCUUUAGCGUGGGCAAGGUGGAGAAGCGUCCCAUCACUCAAGAACAACUGAAGCACAUUCUGUUGCAGCCUGAUGGUUCCAACACAUGGCCGCUUCACUCUUCCAGGGAUGGAGUGUUCAAGAUUAAGCUCAUGCUACCAGAAGGCCUGACAUGUGAUCACUGCGUGGUGCAAUGGUGGUGGACAGUGGGCAACAACUGGGGUUGUAAUGACGAGGGCGUUUGCGGAGAAGGACUGGCGAAGAGACAAGAGACCUUUGUGAACUGCGCAGAUAUCAGGAUCGUACCAGCAGGAGGUCCGGCUCCCUCGACGGAGGAGCCCGACCCAGAUACACCUAUGAUGACAGUGGUAGGCACGACACAAGAACCAGCUACCUCGGCGGCAACACCAAAACCUCCUACUGGAGGGUGCAAAGCCACAGGAAGCUGGACCGGGCAAUCUCAUAUGAAUACAUGGUGUCAGAACAACUGUGCACUGGGUAAUUGCCCU